CACAUCUCCAAACUGACUAUAUAUAUCUCCAUACACUUUCUGAACUCUCAAACUCUAUAAUUAUUUCAAUCCUAUAAAAAAAUGGAGCAAAAUAUGCCAGUUGCAGAAGAUGAGAGAGUUCAUCCCUGUUCUUCCUCACCAAUGUCAGAGCACUGGAAUAUAGAAGAAGGGAAUAAGCUCAGUCCUUUCACUUUGGGUCAAAAGUUGGGCUUCCACGAGUUAUUUUCUUUGAAGAUUUGGAGAGCAUCACUGGCAGAGCUAGUUGGCACGGCAGUGCUUGUUUUUGCUAUAGACACAAUAGUGAUCUCCUCCUAUGAGACCAAAACCACCGUACCAAACCUCAUCAUGGCAAUCCUCAUUUCCAUCACAGUCGCAAUUCUUCUCCUCGCCACCAAUCCCAUUUCCGGUGGUCACAUCAACCCCGUUGUAACCUUAUCCGCGGCACUUCUCGGCCUCAUCUCCCUCUCACGCGCUGUCGUCUACAUCUUUAGCCAAUGCGUCGGGGCGGUACUAGGUGCCCUAGCACUCAAGGCAGUGGUAGACAACAGCAUUGAAGGAACAUUUUCACUUGGAGGUUGCACCCUCAGUGUCAUUGCCCCAGGCCCACAAGGGCCGAUCAUAAUGGGCAUUGAGACCACCCAAGCCCUUUGGCUUGAGAUAAUUUGCACGUUUGUGUUUCUCUUUGCUUCAAUUUGGAUAGCAUUUGACCACCGCCAAGCCCAUGCUUUGGGCCGAGUUGUAGUCUUCUCUAUCGUCGGGAUAGUUGCGGGCCUCCUUGUUUUUAUCUCAACCACCGUUACCGCCGCAAAGGGGUAUGCCGGAGUAGGGAUGAACCCUGCUAGAUGUUUCGGCCCCGCACUUAUUCGCGGAGGCCGCCUCUGGAACGGGCAUUGGGUAUUUUGGGUUGGUCCCAUUGUUGCUUGCGUGACAUUUUAUUCGUACAUUAAGAUCAUUCCACGCCAAGGCUUCAAGUAUGAUACUUUCAACAUUGUGAAAACGCUUUCUAAGUAAGAAAUGGGUUUGUAACUAUUAAUGGAUCAGAUAUUAUCACUCUCAAUUCGACAUAUCUUUCGUGAAGAAAAUAUAAUUGUUAUCACUUAGCUUCUUUGGGACUUACAUAUGAAUACGCACGUAUUUGGGUUAGUAAUUUUCCUUUUGUAAUACGGUAUAGGUUAAAGUUGGAUUUGAUUGGAGUUGGGAUUCAUCGAGGAUCCUUGUUUUAAUUUAUUUUGAAGUGUUGAAAAAAAAUACAAAAUAGAGAUUUUGGAGUA